ACUUAAGUGAGAAAUUGUGAAAAAAUGAAGCUUAAGAUUUUGAAAGAAGUGGUAAUUCUCAUGAUAAUCACAACAAUUAUGGUUUCUUUUGUGCAUGCAGAUGAAGAUCCAUAUGAAAAAUGUGUUGAUGAAUGCUACUCAACUUGCUUUGCUGACAUUUCUGGCUGUUAUGAAUACUGUAAACAAGAUUGUAAAAACCCCAAUCUUUCUUCGUCGGAAUGGAAACAUUGUACCAUUAAUGAUUGUGUUAAGUAUAAAGGAGAUAAGAAGAUGAUGGAGACUUGCAUUAUCAAAUGUGCAAAGACAGCCGACAAAAUCAAAGGUUGAGAAGUACUUGUAAUGCUCUAGAUUUAUAGCUGAACACCAAGAAUAGAAAGAAAAAAGAAACAUGAACUAAAGUCCUUUGAUGUAAUAGAAUGGAUGUUUUUUGUUAUUUUUAUAAAAGUUUUACCUUUUAUUA